AAGUGAGGCCCUGACCGCUAAUUAGAUAAAGCUUUGGGGGCGGGGGUGGCGGCGCGUUUCUUUCUUCCGUAUUCCUCUUGGGAGAUUAAGCCCUGGGACCCCCAGGGCGAUCGGGACGGCCCUUGCUACCUGCCAGGGCCCUUGGCCCAGCCCACCUGUUGCAGAGCGCAGGGUGGGCGUUUCGGAAGUUCACGGGCGCAAGAGCCCGCGGGCGCAGCUCCAGCUGCAGGGAGAGUCCGGCACCCCUCGUGCUUCCGCCGGGUCAGCUGACCGCCCAGUGCGGAACCCAGCGCUCAGCCCGCACCCAGCGUCGCCGCGGCCACCCCGCGCCCAGUCAGCCAUGGCGGGACUCGUGGUCAGUGGAACACAAGUGUCCUACAUAGGCCAGGACUGCAGAGAAAUUCCAGAGCACCUCGGCAGGGACUAUGGACAUUUUGCAAAGAGGCUCGAUCUGAGCUUUAACCUCCUAAGGUCACUGGAAGGACUGAGCGCGUUCCGGAGCCUAGAAGAGCUCAUCUUGGACAACAAUCUGCUGGCCCAUGACCUCCUGUUGCCUGGGCUGCCGAGGCUCCACACCUUAACCCUGAACAAGAACCGAAUCACUGACUUGGAGUGUCUGCUCAACCACCUGGCAGAAGUGACACCAGCUCUGGAAUACCUCAGCCUUCUGGGUAAUGUGGCAUGCCCCAAUGAGCUGGUCAGCUUGGAAAAGGAUGAAGAAGACUACAAGAGAUAUAGAUACUUUGUUUUGUACAAGCUACCUAACUUGAAGUUUCUGGAUGCUCAGAAAGUAACCAAAUGGGAACGAGAAGAGGCUUUGGUCAGAGGUGCAUUCAUGAAGGUGGUGAAACCCAAGGCUUCCAGUGAGGAUGCUGCUGCCUUUCCAGAGCACCACUAUACACCCCUGCCUUCUGCUUCUAGGGAGCUCACCAGCCACCAAGGUGUUCUGGGGAAGUGCCACUACAUCUACCAAGGAAAAAACUCCGAGGGCAACAGGUUCAUCCAAGAUGACCAGCUCUGAAAUGUGCCUUAAUCUCUCCAAUGAGAAUGAAGUCAAAGGGAAAGCAGAAAUAAAAAGCUAAAGAAAAAAG